AUGAAAAAAUUAAUUCUUUUCAUCGCUUUCUGGAUUCUUUGCUGCGAUGCGACGCCCUUGCAACCCAAAACUCCUGUAUUUGGAAGCUUUGAGAUCUUCCGAAGCUUACAUCAAGAGCCUCCUCCGCCGGAAAUCCCUCAAGGAGUUACUGCCGAUGCCGUUGGCGAAUACUGGGUUGAGCAGAAACUCGAUCACUUUGAUCGAAAAAACAACAAAACUUGGUUUAUGAGAUAUUUAGCUAAUAACGAGUUAUUCCGUGAAGGUGGUCCGAUUUUUAUCUACGUUGGAGGCGAAUGGGAAAUUAGUCCGCCGUGGAUUCAAGCUGGGCGAUUUUAUGACAUUGCGAAGGAGGUUGGAGCUUUUUUGGUUUACACGGAACAUCGUUAUUAUGGCCAAAGUCGUCCUACUGAAGAUACGUCGGUUAAAAAUCUAAAAUACCUGACUGUGGAUCAAGCUUUGGCUGAUCUUGCGUACUUUAUCGACUUUUUGAAGGCAAAUAUCCCUCAAUUGAGAAAAUCCAAAGUGAUUCUCGCAGGAGGCUCAUAUGCUGGAACGAUGGCUGCUUGGUUCAGAAAGGAAUAUCCCGAAAAAUGUGCCGGCGCAUGGGCUUCAAGUGCUCCCGUAGAAGCCAAGGCCGACUUUUUCGAGUACAAAGAAGUUGUUGGACAAGCCUUCAAGCAAAUUGGCGGUGAAAAAUGUCAUUUAACCUUAAACGAAGCUUUUCUCGGCUUAGAAACUCUUGUUAAAAAGAACGACGUGUCCCGUAUUGAGACCGAUUUUCGUUUAUGUUUCCCCAUGGAUGUCACACAAAAGUUCGAUGUUUACAACUUUUUCAGUGGUUUAUCGAAUAUCAUGGCAGCUGCGGUGCAAAAUGCUCGUCCUGGAACCAUUAAAGGCGUUUGUGAUAUCUUGACGAAUCCAAUGCAUAAAGAUCCCAUUGCGGCACUUGCUUAUUACGUGAGAUCCAUCUACGGAAGCAGCUGUUUGAGUCACUCGAUGGACAAUGACGUCGCUUUUUACAGCGAAUCGGACUGGAAUGCGCAAGCAAAUCAAGCGUAUCGUCAAUGGAUUUACCAAACGUGCAACGAAUUUGGAUGGUAUCAGACCUCAGGAUCGAAAAAACAGCCUUUUGGGUCGAGUUUUCCCUUGGAAGUGUACACGGAGUUGUGUGAACGGAUCUACGGAAAGGAAUUUAACAAGAAAUCUUUACUCGAAAGUGUCAAAGAUGUCAAUAAAAAUUACAAAGGCGUGAAAGCGUCGACCAAAAAUGUCUAUUACACGAACGGCGAACUUGAUCCGUGGAUGCCGAUGGGGAUUUUGAAGGAUCGUUCGAAGCAUGCACCUGCCGAUGUCAUUCCUGAAGCAGCUCACACGAUGGAUUUGUACUCAAUUGCCUUAUCGGACUCACCCGAGAUGAUGAUGGUUAAGUUACGAGUGAGAUUUUUGAUUUUGGAGUGGUUGAAUGGCAAAUCCGGAGAAGAGGAAGUUGAAAUUUUCCAUCAAUAAAGGAAAUUUCCUUCAAUUAACGAUAAUUUUUGUGCCCUUGAACAACUAUUAGACAAAUUAG